AAUGGAAUUAAACACGACCGAAUUUCUCACAACUUUCAUCGCUGCAGUUUCGACGUAUUAUCCAGAAGAUGUCGAUUUGAAUCAACGGCCGGUCAACUGGCCACAGGACCAAAUCCUUAAGUCGUACGACUUCAUUAUAAUUGGAGCGGGAUCUGCUGGAUGUGUUCUGGCGAACAGACUGUCAGAGAUUUCAAACUGGAAAGUACUUUUGAUAGAGGAUGGCGGGCAGGAGACAGCCGUAUCAGACUCUCCUGCGCUAGCAGAUUUCAAUCAUAAUACAGAACUUGACUGGAACUACACUACUGUCAGUCAAUCAAGAGCAUGUUUAGGUAAGUAUGUUUUAAACUAAAUUGAUUCUACUUAUUGCACAUA